AUGUUUGUGCCUUCUGACAGCUUUGGGGGAAGGAGCCCAGAACGAAAGGCAUCCGAUCUCCUGCGCACCCUCUUCACCUUCUGCGCAGCAAAGAUUGUCUUGGCGCAGCUGGAGGGAUCUGGCAGAGGUGGGUUGGGUUCCUACAACACUGGGGCAUACGAGGACUUGAGCAAUUUUCUGCAGGAGCACCCGAUGCGAGACGGGGAUGCCUGGCUGGAGCUCCUCUUGAAGAAGAACGAGAUGCUUGCUCUGCGGGUGCUAGAGGUCAGGAAGGCAUACUGCGAGGAGGAUUUCGAGUGGGACAUGUGCCGGCAGGUGGCGGCCAAAGACAUGCAUGAGGCCAAUGUGCGGCUGCUCAGAAGCAGGGCUGAGGAGGCGUUCCUGCGCUCCAAUUCAAACAACCCUGUGCCCCCACCUGCUGAGAGUGGGGACUCCCAUUCAUAA